UACCAAAACGUUCUAGCCACUGCAUUAUUUAACCCUGACCCAGUCUUCUUCCCUACAGUCACUGAUACAGUCACUGAGGAACCAUGGGACUUCUUACCUUUAUUGCUCUCACAGCAGCUGGAGCAGGGGGAGCGGUGGUUUUUGCUCCAGUUGUCCUAGGAGUUGUAGGGUUUACCGCCGCUGGCAUCGCCGCAAACUCCCUUGCAGCCGGCAUGAUGGCAUCGGCAGCCUCUGCAAGUGGUGGCGGUGUGUUGGCUGGAAGCACCGUUGCCGUUCUGCAGUCGGCAGGUGCAGCAGGGUUAGCUGGGUCUACAGCCGCAGUGGUGGCUAGUGUUGGAGGAACAGUGGGAUGGCUCACCGCUGCAGCAGCUGCACUCAUCUGAUGAUCCAAACAUUGAUGAUUGAUAGCUGUCUUGGGACAGCUCUCUUGUCAAAGAGAUGUUUAAUCUCAGAGAUCACCUAUUUAAAUAGCGAAUACAUGUAAACACUUGAUAACAUGGUGAAGGAAUGCUUUGUGUUAAAAGGUUUAAUAUUGAAGUUCAUAUCUGCCAUAUUGUGUGCAAUGAAGGCAAAUGAUGACUGACUUGUUCUGUUUGUACAUCUUGGUAAGAUGCACUUUAUUAUGUUCUUUCAAGCCCAGAGCUUUUAUAUACCUUACUUUUUACUUUUUCAUAUUUCAGUUGAAUACCUUAUUUAUCUCAAUAAAAGGUCAGGUGUUGCCAGAUAUAUUGUAAA